AUGAGUUCCUAUCUCCCAUCUGAUUGUAAAGACGAGCGUGCUGCCACCAUCCCUCUCUCCCCCACCGUCUCACCGCCAUGUGGUCUGUCGCCCCACCCUGCUCCUCUUCCAUCGUCUGUUCCGCUCAGAUUUGCCUGCCCAUCACCUGUCCUGUUCUCUACCCUUUCCUAUUCUUCCCGCCCUCCUGCUCUCUUCCCGCUCUCCCCUAGGGUGAUCACACUCGCUCCUACCCAACCCACCCAAUCGCAGCAAGUGAGGAAGAGACCGUUGCAAUCGUCUUCUCUGCCUCCAGAAAAUUUGGGCACUUAA